GUCCAGGGCAAAGAUCGUGGUGCGCAGGCGCGUUGUUCUGGGAGACGGCGGGCAGUCAUGGCGGAACACGGGGCCCAUCUGACAGCCGAGCUAUCGGCGAGUGCCGGCAGACUCUCCAUCUUCGAGGUCGUGGCCCAGGACACCUUGAUGUCAGCGGUCAGGCCGGCGAUGCAUCACUUGUGCAAGGUACUUGUGGAAUCCAACCCUACUCGCUAUGGGUUUCUAUGGCGAUGGUUUGAUGAAUUCUAUGCUGUGAUGGACUUCCUGCUACAGCGUCACUAUUUGGCUCGAACUAGUGCCUCCUUCUCUGAAAACUUUUAUGGUCUGAAAAGAAUUCCAGUGGGUCCACGGAUAUUGAGACUGGCGAGCUAUGGGCUCCCGAGAGCCCAGCAUUGGAGAUCGCUGUUGAUGAUAAUUGCUAUUCCAUAUGUAAAAGUCAAACUAGACAGACUGUUUGCUAGACUGAGAGAGGAGGAUGACUAUGCUAUACAUCUUCCAGAAUCUUCCUGGAAGCGCAUGUACAAGGCUUUCCUUGCAGCCUAUCCUUUUAUGAACAUGAGCUGGGAGGGGUGGUUCCUCACCUAUCGGCUCUUGUACAUUUUUGGAAAAACACCACAUCAUUCGCCACUACUGCGAGCAGCUGGGGUCUGCUUGGGAAACCUUACCCCUGCAGAUUUGCAGAGCUUUGAACAAAGAUCUACUUCCAGAAGCAGAUCUCCGACCAGUACAAGUGUGGUUGGAAAGAUAACCUCUUUCUUUGCCAAUGCACUGGGUGGUGCAGCUGUCUCCCUUUCAACCGGUGUAUCAGUGGGCAUCUUCUUCUUGCAGUUCCUUGAAUGGUGGUACUCGUCUGAAAACCAGGACACAAUUAAAUCCCUCUCCUCCCUCCCGACUCCGCCCCCACCAGUACACUUAGAUAAAUCGACGAAUGAUGCUUUGCCGAGGCUGAAGACUGUAUGUCCUUUGUGCAACAAGAUCCGGACUAACGACACGGCUUUGGCAACCUCUGGGUAUGUCUACUGUUACCGAUGUGCUUAUAACUAUGUAAAGCAUCACCAGCGAUGUCCUGUUACAGGCUACCCUUCUGAACUGCAGCAUCUUGUUAAGCUCUACUCUCCAGAAGCAUGAAGACAAGAGAUGCAUCCAUCAAAACUGUGGCUCACUGGAAAAGUGCUCUCUAAAUGCACCCAAAUAACUGUCUGACUCAAUGAAUUGGUGUUUUAUUUUGUAAUUUAUAAUAUAUUCAGAAAAACAAGGGAACAAACCAGUUGAUUCAAAAGUUUUUAUAUAUGCGUAUACUGCUCACAAAUUUACAUAGCAGGAAUUGCUCUUAAAAAUGUAAGAUUUUGUUUCAAAUUAAACCAAACUCAUAAAUUAUG